GGGUUGAGAAAACCAGUUUACUUAAAUGAUAAAAAUGUUUGCGUGAAAUCAAACGAGAUUAAUUCAGAAAGAUGACAAGGAGAAAAUGUCUUUGAAAACGAAAGCUGAUUUCAUCAGCUCACCCGUCAGAGAUCUUUCUGUAGCAUCCAUGUAUGCAGUAUAUAAGUGUUAUCGACUGUUAUUACUGUUAUGGAAUACUGCUCUUUGAACAGAAGCAGAACAAUCUCCCGUUUUGACGUGUGCGUACCGGAAAUUCGGAAAAUUGCUUCGAUUGAUCGUGGAUCAUGUGUUGUGUAAUAAUUUUGUGAUAAUAUCUCGCGAAAUAGAUAUUAAGCGAUGUCGUACAAUAACACAUCUAAUAUUGACGUCUCAGAGAAGAAAAAGACUGAACAACGAGAUUCGAUUGUGAUUGAAGAUGUGCCAAAUACGAAAAUCGCGGAUUUCGAAACGGCGAUCACCGCCGCUGGAACCGGAAAAUUUCAAUAUCUUCUCAUUCUUGGGAUUAUCCCGGUUUCAUGGGCAUCUAGUAUAGAUACAUCUAAUAUGUCAAUGAUACUUGCAUCCGCAGAGUGCGAUUUAGGAUUGUCACUAUUUAACAAAGGGCUUUUAAACGCCAUUAUCUAUGUGGGUAUGGUGUUGAGUGGUUUUAUAUGGGGCUACCUCGCUGACGUUAAAGGAAGAAAGAAGAUUAUAUUAUAUGGCUAUAUGGCGGAUGGUAUCUGUAAUAUACUCACAGGUUUCUCGCAGAAUUUUGAGACGCUUGUGUUCUUCAAAUUUCUCAAUGGCAUUCUUGUAAGUGGACCGCAUGCCACUCUCGUGGCAUAUUGUUCUGAAUUUUGUGGUGCUAAAGGUAGAGUGAAAAUUCCAAUUCUUGUCGGCGUCUCCGUUUCGUUCGGAUGUGUAGUUAACGCAGUAUUCGCCUGGUUAGUGGUUCCUCAGCCAUGGUCAAUUGUCUUUUGGGACGGUGCCUUUGUCUACAAUUCCUGGAGAAUAUAUCUAACCAUCUGUGGACUACCGACGUUGAUAGGUGCCUUCUGCCUAUGUUUCUUUCCGGAGAGUCCCAAGUUUUUGAUGUCACAAGGUCGUAAUGAAGAUGCACUUGAAGUUUUUAGGAAAAUCUACAGUAUGAACACUGGUCUGUCUAAGGAUAAUUAUUCUAUACAUGCCUUGGGGGAUAUAAAUUUAAACAAUACUAUAGAGCAAUCGCAUUCAUCAAAAUCUCAAAAUAACACAAAAUCUUUAAAGACUGGAAUUCAACAGAUGAAGCCUAUGUGUUUGAACCCAAAUCUGUUACGUAUGUUGUUAUUUGUUACCAUACAAUUCUGUGGAAUGUUAUGUUUAAACACCCUUCGCCUCUGGCAGCCACAACUCUUUACGACGAUAGAGAACUUUAACAGCCUUAAUACUAAUAUAACUAAUCCUAGUUUUUGUGAAAUAUUGGAUAUUUCGACAUCUGUCAAAGAAAAUAGAACUACUACAUUGGAGAAAAUGUCAAAUUGUGAAAAUAUUGUUAUAGCAGAUUCAAUCUACAUUGACAAUAUUAUUGUGUCAAUUACUUCUAGUGUUUGUAUAUUCUGUGCCAGCAUUUUUGUUAAUUAUCUCCAACAUAAAUAUCUUUCAUUCAUCAGUUACGGAUGUGCGCUUUUGUGUUCUAUAUCUUUAAUCUGGUCUACAAAUAUAUUAAUCAUCCUUACACUUACGUGCUUAUACAUUGGAUUAAUGAGCAGCGCUUUUAACGUUACGCUUGGCGCGACUGUUUUGCUUUUCCCCACAUCUUUGAGUAUGUAUUCAAUUUUAUAUCUAUUUAUCAGAGCCAUGGCAGUAAGCAUGGAAAUGAUGAUAGGAAGAGUGGGAGCCAUGAUUGGUAAUCUGAUAUUUCCGAUCUUACUUGAAUAUAGCUGCAUAGCACCGAUUAUUAAUCUGACAUGCUUCAAUUUGGUAUGUAUGCUUCUUACGUGUUUCGUGCCGAGUACGCGCAAGCACGCAGUGUAAAGAUCGUUGUUUUGCUAAAUUAUAUGAGAUCAAAGAGAACAAUCAGAAGCAGAGGAUCUCUCAAAAAGAGAAACACAAAAGGAGCACAUUGUCGGGCCUGCUCAGGUUUCGUACUUCUACGGUCUCUUUUUUAAUAACAUUUCCGAGAAUCCACGAUCGUUGAGCGGAGCCUCCAAGGACCUAGAUCGAAGCUUAUCGUGAACCAUGAUCGAGCCCGUAUGAGGGCGGACAAUGGUCAUGCAUAUACAUGCAUAUACACAACGAAAGACUGCACGAGGCCUUGAGUUUCACUUUCGACACAUCCUGGAGAGCCCUCCAGCCUUCACCCACAUGCUCGUUCUUCUCUAUCCCGCGCCUCUUCUCGUGUGGACGCAGCUUUAUCGUAAAUCUCAGGACCUCGUCAUUUCCAUAUGCCAUUGUUGAUCAAUGCAAUAAAAAAUGUAUCACGAUGUACGUAAAUUUCUAUUCGAGAAGAAAAUCGAGAUGAACAUGCAAAUAAAGUAUGAAUUAAAUACAUUAUCAUGCAGAUUGUUAAUGAAUAGAUUUACGGCAGUGUUUUAACUAUUUUUAGACACAUAAAUAUGUGAAUUAUUUAAGAGAAACUCUGAAAUAUGCAGUGCAUAUUAAUAACUCUAUUUUAUGAUAUUUAACUUACAUAUAUAAACUUAUAUAAACUUAUACUUUAUAAAGGAAUAGGUGGUUUUCGAGAAUUAUCACAAUAAAUUAGUGAUUAUAGGAUUUGUAAAUUACUCACGUUUUUUUUUGUAUGUGAUUUCUAUGUAACUAAAGAGGAAGAAAAAAGAGAAAUUGUGAU